AUGGCUGAAGCGGCUCGUUUGUCUCCCUAUGACGAUGACCUUUCCUAUCGCCGUGCACUAACCUCGUUAGCCGCUUCACCCGAGUGCAUUACUUCCACCUCGACCGGAAAUACCAAUACGACGGAGACGGACAAGGCCGACGAGCCGACGCCCAGUAGCGGCAUUGAAGUGCCCCCGGAGGGCCCUUCAUCCACGCAUGACCCUACACCGGCUGGUCCAGGGCCUACCUUCAACUCUCUUCGGGGUCCGUCACAUAUCGGCAACUUUGCUGUCAUGCACAUCGACGUGAACGGGACGAUGCCUUCGGAUCGAAGUACCGCUGCAAGACGAACGAGCGAGGGAACCGAAGCGCAAGCUAGGCGAGCCAUCGAGGCCGGCUGGCAGCCUAUCAGGCGCGCCAGAUCUACUUGGCAUAGCGAUGACCUCGAUACUCGGCCGUUGUCCAACCCGUCGUCGACGGUUCCUAUCACCGCCCCAGCAUCAUCACCGCCAUUACCGCCGGCCGAUGGGCCUACACCCCAGGAGGCCAAGGCGGAGCAGGCGCGCCUUCUCACCCUUCUUCGCACACUUCACCCGCUCUUGGUCGUGGAACAGUUAUGCAGAGGGUUGGCAUAUUUUGGAGGUAUCCCUGGCGCACCGCCUCCUACCCAUGGGGACUUUCCCCAAAGCGCUGCAAGAAACGGUCGGGGAUCUCUCUUGGUCGGUUGGCUCUCCGAAAUUUUCCCUCAUGUCGACAAACCCGACGCGAUAUCCCCUCCAUUGCAUCUCCCUCCGCUUUCCUCCAUAGCCGGUCCACCCCUGUCCGGCUCGGUCGCUCCGCCAGGCCCACCUACCGGCAAGCGACCGCGGGGACGACCGAAAGGAAGCAAGAGCUCCAAGGUUCGCAAAGACAAGGGCGUCCAGAAGCGACAACUUUCAUCCUCCAUCGAUGCUUCAUCCAGAUACGCAGAUGCUUCCCAACAGGCAACAGUUGUUCAACUCAAUAUUAGUGCUCCCACUAAUCCCACCCCCCGAGCCGACUCUGUUUCCACUGGCCCCCAGACCGCAUCUGGCAGAGAGACCACAGCGACCACCUCAGGGAACAUGGCAGCAGGAAGCAAUCCGGCUUCGGCUUCGGGCGCCCCCCCCACCCUCACCGGAAGGAAAAGGGGACGCCCGAAGGGGUCCAAGAAUCGUCUCAAGAGCAUACCCGAAACCUCGCACGAAGCAUCUGGCGCCGGCAGCACGGGGCGGACCACCACCGUCCCGACGACCGCCAACCUGUUGCCGGCUCCUUCAAAUUUUCCCGGCGUAGGUCGCAGCUUGCUCAUGGGCAGCCAGAACGGGUUUAUUGCGACCCAGAGUUCUCUGGUCAACGUCCCGCAAGACGUUGCAUCGCUGCCACCGCCCGCAGCCAUGGAAUGUUCUCCUUCGAACGGUGUCCCACCGCCUCUAGUGACUCGGGAUCCCAGUCAAUUGCAAAGCCAAAGUCCUCGAACAAUACAUGGAAACCAGCAUCCGGUUGAACCGGAGAAUGGCUCACUCUCGCGCGUGAGAGUGUCGAAGCGGGCUGUGCAGGACGAUAAUGAAGUAUCGGCCGAUGAUCCAGCAACGGACGAGCCCCAGGCAGGUGCCCAAAAUGCUGCAUUGAAUCUUCAAGGGCCGAAGUCGAAGCGUCCGCGCCUCGCCACAGACUCAGGCCAGCAGCAACGACAUUCCCCUGUGUCGAAUGAGUUGACGGCAUUGCCGCCCUCGACUCAAAGCAUGGGCAGUACUUCGCCGCCACCACCUGUCUCAACCACUUUCGAUUCUCAAAAGUCCCUCAACCCGAGACCUGCCGAGGAGCGAACGAGGCCGAGCCCUGUUUUGCAAAAGCUCCAACCCAUUCAUCAUGAACGACAAUCGCCAUCGCACGGCCAACAGUUGCCACGUCAAUCUCAUCAUCUUACAGGGCCAGAGCAAAGCCAACAUUCUUCUGGCAGUCUUGCGCAAGCAUCUAGCCCGUCAAGGACGAUUGGACAAAUCACCUCUGAUUAUGGCUCGCAACCGCAACCGCAACUUCACAAGCUGAGACAGAUGAAUUUCGCCCUACAGCAGCAGGAGCAGCAGGAGCAGCAGGAGACAAUGCAGCGGCAACAGGUGACCAACCAAAUUGGAUCGGCUGGUCCUCACAAGGGUGGCGUAGGUUACUCGGCGACUGGCAGCUACCCCCAGCACCCACAGAAAUUGGCUGGGCUCCAAACCGACGGCGGUAUUACCAGAAUAUAG